AUGGAGCAAGCUGCCAGCAACCUGACGGUGAUUGUGCCAGCCCAGCGCCUGACGCCAGCUUUUCCCCCGGCGGUCAAGCUGGGGCUCACGGCGCUGUACACGGCGCUGUAUGCCCUGCUCUUCCUCUCAGUCUAUGCCCAGUUGUGGCUGGUGCUGCUCUACCGGCACAAGAAGUUCAGCUAUCAGACCGUCUUCCUCUUCCUUUGCCUGCUCUGGGCCACCCUCCGCACCACGCUCUUCUCCUUCUACUUCAAGAACACUCUCAAGGCCAACCAGCUGGGGCCCUUCCUCUACUGGCUGCUCUACUGCUGCCCCGUCUGCCUCCAGUUCUUCACCUUGACGCUCAUGAACCUCUACUUUGCCCAGGUGGUGUUCAAGGCUAAAGCUAAGUACCACCCGAACAUGACCAAAGGGCUGCUGGCUGUGCGGGGGGCCUGCCUGGGCGCCAGCCUGCUCUUCCUGGCAGUGAACGUGGCCUGUGCUUUCGUGGUGCGGCUGGGGCGGGCCGAGCCCUGGGCCGUGGUGCUGACCCGUGUCCUCAUCAAUGACUCACUCUUCGUGCUGGGUGCUAUCACCCUGGCGCUCUGCCUCUGCCUUGUGGCUCGCGGCUCACCAAGCACCAGCCUCUACCUGCAGGCCAAGGGCACCACAGUGUGCCAGACAGCAGCCAUGGGUAGCACCAUGGUGCUGCUGCAUGCCAGCCGUGCCUGCUACAACCUGGUGGCCCUGGCGUUGAGCUCCCACACCCGGCUGGACUCCUUCGACUACGACUGGUACAAUGUUUCGGACCAGGCAGAUCUGAUCACUGACCUGGGGGACCAAGGAUACUUGGUCUUUGGCCUCAUCCUCUUUGUGUGGGAGUUGCUGCCAACUGCCCUACUGGUGGGCUUCUUCCGGGUGCACCGCCCUCCCCAGGACCUGAGUGCCAACCACAUCAUCAAUGGGCAGCUCGGGGGCUCCCGGUCUUACUUCUUCGACCACCCCGGGCAAUACGAGAACGAGGGGCCCUCCCGCAGGAAGGGAAGCAGCCUGGCAGGCCGACUGGGCAGCGGCAGCUGGUAUGGAGCCAUUGGCCGGACUGGGAGGGAUCCGGACUGGCUGGGGGGGCAGCCCCCCACAACUCCCCUGCUCUUCUCCCAGGUCACUGUGCAGGCCAGCCACCACCACAGCCUCUACUCCACCCCGCAGACCUAGAUGCGCCCCGCACCCCGUGCGUCACAGGAGGACGCUGGUGAAAUGGGGCCACGAGGAUUCAAUAGUGUGGAAGGCAGCGGGAUGUGGAGGGAUGAGUUCUGAGUGCAGGAAGUGGAGGGGACCCAGCUCUGUGCACCCUCCAGCUGAACAACCCCCAACCAAACAGCGCCCCUCCUGAUCGCACAGGGAUGGCUUUGGCACCACCCCACAUGCUGCAGCCUCUGAGGGUGCAGGCCAGUUUGGGCAGGGAUCCCAGUGUCCACCCGUGGGUCAAAGGAAGAAUGGACUGUCUCCUCCCCCUGCCGCUGAAUGUGCUGGAGAAUUGCAUGUCGGGAGUUCCCCCUCUGGAUUCGUGCCUGCAGCUGAACCAUCCCUGGGGGGUCACACUGUCGUGAGGUGCCAGACUGUGGCUCAGGUGCCGGUUCGUACCCUCCGAUGCACGCCAGCUCCUGGCUCCUCCGAGAGCUCUCCCCAGCGCUGCCCUCCCACCCCAAGGCUUUGGUGCUGUCCUGUCCCUCCGCCCCAGGCUCAAUAAAAGGUUUGUGUUCGUGG